AUGCGGCCCGUGACGCGUACCACGGUCCCCUCAUUCACCCCGCGCCCGGCGUCCUUGACACGCUCCCCCUUUCCCCCUGUCAGCUACACGGCGUACGACUCGCCGAACCUGCAGGCGGGCGCGUUAUCCAUGGAGCCCUUGGCGAGCACCACGGUCGUCAUCGGGCUGACCCACACACUGUCAUGUUGUCCCCCCAUUGUCCCACACCCCUUCCCCGGCAGCUACACGGCGUACGAUUCGCCCAACUUGCAAGCCGGCGCGCUGUCGAUGGAGCCGGUGGCGUACACAACGGUCAUCAUCGGACUGGCCGUGGUGGUGCAGAUCAUCGGCCUCGUGUGCUUCGGCGCCGAGGCGGAUUUCGGGCAGGGCCGAUGGCGGAUGCUGCUGGUGGGAACGCUGAUGGGGGCAGUACCCUGCAUUCUAUGCCUGGCGCUCACAUCGCCGUCGCUCUGGUGGCUGGCGGGUCUGUUUGCCAUCAUCGCUAAUCUCGGAUACGGCAUCUCGCUCGUCGGCUACAACAGUUACCUGCCUGUACUGGUGGAUGCAUCACCUAAGGUGCUCGCUGCGGGCCCAGACGAGGCUUCCAUCCUUGCUGUCCGCGAGAAGGUGGAGAACAAGGCGUCCCUGUCAGGCCUGGCAAUGGGCACGCUAGGGAGCGUGCUCGCCAUGCUGCUCACCUUCGCCACCACGCUCCUCAUCCCAGACGACCUGCUCAAGCUCCGAGUCACCGUGGCAGUCUGCGGCGUGUGGUGGAUCGCGCUCUCAGCCUUCACCUUCGCCUGGCUGCACCCGCGCCCCGGUCCCCCCAUGCCCAAGACCGGAUUCUCCAUGCUCAACCGCUGGCGCCACCUCUUCGGUCUCUUCAAGGAGGCCUCCCGGUACCGCUACACGUUCAUCUUCCUCAUCUGCCUCGUUGCGUACGGGAGCGGAUUCACCACCAUGCUGCAGAUGGCAGUGCUGUUCGGGCAAAACGACCUCUGCCUGUCCGUAUCAUCCAUGGCUAUCAUUGCGCUUACCGUUGCUGUGGUGGCGAUUGCUGGCAUGCCGCUCGCGCUGCUCUUCCAGCGGAAAACCCACGCGACGAACAAGACCAUGGUCGUGAUUCUCCUCACGUGCCUAGUUCCCCUGCCCGUGUGGGGAUUCAUCGGGUAUUUCACCGCCGACGGGGGGUUCGGGCUGAAAUCCGCGUGGGAGAUUUACCUGUGUGCGGCGUGGCUGGGGUUCUUCCUGGGAGCUCUCACGUCAUACUCGCGCACGCUGUUCAUUGACUUCAUCCCCGUGGGCCGUGAGGGCGCAUUCUUCACGCUCUUCUUUAUCUGCGACCGCAUCAGCUCCUGCAUCGGCCCCUUCGUCAUUGCGGCCGUCACACAGGACGAGCACAUGCGACAGAAAGCCGCUAGCGCGUUUCUCGACCUAGACGACCCUGGCGGAAGCGGAAAGAGCGCAGGAAGCGCGGGAGGCGGGGAAAACGCGGGAAGCGGAGAAUACGCGGAAGGAGAGGAAUACGCGGAGGGUUCGAGGGUUCCCCUGACGAAGCGGGAGCUAUGGGGGUGGUACUCGUACAACGUUGCCGCGAACUCGUUCAGCGCCGUCGCUAUGCCGAUCUUCAUCCCGCUGCUGCUGCUCCUCCUCGCCGACGCGCAAGCCUGGAACGACUCGGGCGCCGCCAAGCCACCGCAGUGCACCGAUCUGAUCACCGCGGACUGCCUGCAGUGCGUGCCGGGGAAGGGGAACCAGCUGGUGACGUCAGCGGGGGGGUACAGCGAGCUGGAGCAGCCGCGCGUGCGGCUCGGCGCGCUUAGCAUCAACCCCGUGUCGUACGCGACGAUCGUGAUCGGCGUCGCCGUGUGCUGCCAGAUCGUCGCACUCGUGUCGCUCGGCCCGUUCACCGACUAUGGCCGCGGCAGGAAGCAGAUGCUCAAGGCGGGCACAUGGAUGGGGGCAGCGGCAUGCACAGCACUCCUCUUCAUGCUCACGCCCUCUCUCUGGCUGCUCGCCGGGGUGCUCGUCAUCAUCGCCAGCAUCGGAUACGGCCUCGCCACCGUCAGCUACAACGGCUACCUGCCCCUCCUCGUGCACGCCUCGCCCGAAGUCCUCGCAGCCGAGGCCAAGGCCGACCCGGAAGCAGUCGCAGCCGCACGGGAAGACGUGGAGAAUCGGUAUUCCCUCAUCGGGCUUGCGGCAGGCUGCCUGGGUGAUAUUCCCAUCACGCUGAUAGCCUUUGCGCUCACGCUUGUUUCCUCGGACGAGUCGGUUCAGAUGCGCGUUGCCACCGCGUUUUGCGGGCUCUGCUGGAUCCUCUUCGCGCUCCCCACUUUUCACUUCCUCCGUGCCCGACCGGGACCCCCGCUCCCACUCCCCGCUCCAUCCUCUGUGGGGAAUCACGAGGCAGAGGGGGCGCGGGAAGGCACGGACAGGGGCUGCUGGUCCGGCUGUAGCGGUGCCAGCUGCUACAGCGCGGGCGAGACCUGCCGGGGUUGCCGCUACAGCUGGGGGUCCUGCUACAGCCGGGUGCGGUUCUUUCUCAGCGUUGUCGGGGCGAGCUGGAAAGGCAUGGGAGACACAUUAGCAGACGCGUACCGGCACCACCGGAACGCGCUCGUGUUCAUCGCAUGCUACUUUGUGUACGCUGAUGGGUUUUCCACUAUCAUCCAAGUGGGGGUUAUAUUUGGGCAGCAGGAUCUCUGCGUGCCGCCCGCAACACUCGCCAUCCUCGCCACCUCGGUUUCGUUCUGGGCGGCAGCCGGGAUGCCGGUUCUCUACCUCAUUCAAAGACGAACCAAGUGGAGCAACAAGACAAUGGCGAUGAUUGCUCUGGGCGGCAUGCUACCCCUGCCGCUGUGGGGCCUUAUCGGCUACUUCACAGACAGCUUCGGGUUGAAGCACACGUGGGAGUUAUUCGCAUACGUGGGGUGGUUCGGCCUGUGUCUGGGCCCACUACUGUCAUAUUCGCGUACACUGUAUGUGGACCUAAUGCCGUCGGGCAAGGAGGGAGCGUUCUUUGCCAUCUACACCAUCAGUGACAAGGGCAGCUCAUCCUUUGGCCCGUUCGUCGUCGCCAUCAUCGCCCAGGUUUCUGGCACGAUCCGGCCCACCUUUGUGUACAUAUUCCUGGUCAUGUUCAUACCCCUUAUAGUCAUCAUCGUUUGCCUCGACCACAAGCAAGGCAUGGAAGACGCCGGGCGCAACAAGUUCACAACAAUGAAGACAUUGGAGGAUGGGAAGGAUGUUCCUAGUGCAUGUGGGGAGGGAUUGGAGAUUCGCUCCUCUACUGAUGCCCGGUCCAGUCACAGUGGCAGCAAAAGAGAUGAUGCAGGGUAG